GCCACUUCCUGCCCUCAGCGAGGACCCUCUCCCGGGGCCGCCCCCCGGGACACUGGCCUCUGCCCCCUCGAGCGCUGGCUCCCGCGUCACCCCCUCCCGCGGUGGCCGCUGAGGGCCCUGCCCGGCGCUGCCACCCUCCACCCUCUCCCCGGGGAAUCAGUUGAUUCUCGGCAUCCCCAGAAAAGGCACUGGGGGCUGGAGCUGGCUCCGAGGCUGGCGGGGUCUGUGCCCUGUCCCCGGAGGAGCCCCCGGGGUCACCAUGAGAGAGACCUUCGAGGCCCUCAGCUCCCUGGGAUUCUCCGUGGGACAGUCGGAGAUGGCCCCCCAAAGCGAGCUUGGGGCAGGGUCCCGUAAUGCGCAGGCGCAGGUGUUUCCGCCCAGGGAAGAGAGAGCACCGGGCUUGUGCUCGGGGCACGAGUGCUCCCGGCCCGAGGAAGGCAGCCACGCAGAGCAAGCCGAGGCUCCUGGUGGAGGGGGCCUGGCGCACACACCGCGGAAGGCAGAGGCCACAGGCCCGGGCGCUUGCCCAGGGGAGGAGUGGAUGAUCCGCAAGGUGAAGGUGGAGGACGAAGACCAGGAGGCAGCAGAGGAGGUGGAAUGGCCCCAGCACCUGGCCAUGCUCCCCGGCCCCUUCCCGGCGCCUGACCUGGGGCCCCUGGCCGGCGCCUACAAGCUGGAGCCCGGGGUGCCGGCGACGCUGGGUGGGCUGGCGCUGGCCGGGUGGGCGCCGGCCUCGGAGAAGCCCUAUGGCUGCGGGGAGUGCGAGCGGCGCUUCCGGGACCAGCUGACCCUGCGCCUGCACCAGCGGCUGCACCGCGGCGAGGGCCCCUGCGCCUGCCCCGACUGCGGCCGCAGCUUCACGCAGCGCGCGCACAUGCUCCUGCACCAGCGCAGCCACCGCGGCGAGCGGCCCUUCCCGUGCUCCGAGUGCGACAAGCGCUUCAGCAAGAAGGCGCACCUGACCCGCCACCUGCGCACGCACACGGGCGAGCGGCCCUACCCGUGCGCCGAGUGCGGCAAGCGCUUCAGCCAGAAGAUUCACCUGGGCUCGCACCAGAAGACGCACACGGGCGAGCGGCCCUUCCCCUGCACCGAGUGCGAGAAGCGCUUUCGCAAAAAGACGCACCUGAUCCGCCACCAGCGCAUCCACACCGGCGAGAGGCCCUACCAGUGCGCGCAGUGUGCCCGCAGCUUCACGCACAAGCAGCACCUGGUGCGGCACCAAAGGGUGCACGAAGCGGCCGGCCGCGCCCCGCCCUCUCCCGACGCGCCCGCCUCGCCCGCGUGCCCCGCCGCCGCGUCCCCGCCCGGCCCGAAGCCCUUCGCCUGCUCGGACUGCGGCCUGUGCUUCGGCUGGAAGAAGAACCUCGCCACGCACCAGCGUCUGCAUCGCAGCGAGGGGCGCCCCUUUGGCUGCGACGAGUGCGCUCUGGGCGCCACCAUGGACCCCGCCGCCGCCGAACCCUUGACUUGCGCGCCCAGCGACCCGGCCUGCGGCCUCGGCACGGACCCAGCGGCGCCCCAGCGCGCCCCGGCGAGCGAGCGGUCCUUCUUCUGCCCGGACUGCGGGCGCGGCUUCGCCCACGGGCAGCACCUGGCGCGCCACCGGCGGGUGCACACGGGCGAGCGGCCCUUCGCCUGCGCGCAGUGCGGCCGCCGCUUCGGCUCGCGGCCCAAUCUGGUCGCCCACUCCCGGGCCCACACCGGCGUCCGGCCCUUCGCCUGCGCGCAGUGCGGCCGCCGCUUCAGCCGCAAGUCGCACCUGGGCCGCCACCAGGCGGUGCACACAGGCAGCCGCCCCCACGCCUGCGCCGUCUGCGCCCGCAGCUUCAGCUCCAAAACCAACCUGGUCCGCCACCAGGCCAUCCACACCGGCUCGCGCCCCUUCUCCUGCCCGCAGUGCGGCAAGAGCUUCAGCCGCAAGACUCACCUGGUGCGGCACCAGCGCAUCCACGGCGACGCCGCGCACCCGGCCUCGGACGCCGACCUCCCGGCCCCGGGCUGGCCCCCUCCCGCCGAGGGGUCCGCGCCCCCGCUCUUCUUCUGAGCCGCGCCGGUUCCUGUGGGCCCCUUCGGUGGCUCGCCUGUGGGAGACACCCCCGCUUUGACAUUCCGCGGGCGGCGAGGAGGAUGUUCACUGUGAACCCUUGCUGGCAAGAGUUCAGGCCCCAGCCCUUGGACAUAGACACCCCAUUGGAAAGCAGACACCUCUGGGAACCCUCUUGCCAAGGACUGAGAGGGGCCUGGGGCUGGGCGGGGAGGGCAGUGUCUUCUGUGUACUUCAAGGUCAUUAAAAUUAGCCUGAAGAUUCUGGGCCUGAUAGAUGAGCUGGGGGAGGCGUCCCCGACUCUUCAUCCGUGGCCCCCCAUCUUAACCUGCACACCACAACCCCUCCCCUUAUGCCCCGGGUCAGUUACAUUUAGCCAAUUACUGGGAAGGGCUCUUCCAAAAAGAUGCACGCGGUGAGUGCCCACUGGAUGGCCCCGGUGAUUUUGGAAACCGCGGCUUUAGUGAGAUGCAGGAUGGCGAAGCCGGCUCUGCGAAUAACGUUUCCUUGAACACGGGCCAGGGUGGUUUUUUCCCUCAACUACUUCAUAAUGCAGACAACUUACUUGAGGACGUGCUGUGCAGCUGGCUGCCAAACCACCACGCUGCUCCCCGCUCCUAGCGCAGGCGGGUCCCCAGGAAGACACGCCAGGG